AUGGAUCACACUGGCCGCCACUUGGGCCGCCUGUACGAGGUGGUUUGGGGAUGGAUCUGUCCAGGGCUGUGCUUGUUGCUGGUGAUCGUCAGCAUCACGCCGCCCUUUGGGAAGUUGGAUGUCAUGGACGCUCUGUCGUCCAAACCGAACAGGCUUUUUUCCCUUCUGGACGAUUCCUCUUGGAUGGACCAUUGCUUCACUGCCCAUCGCUGCCAUGGCUGCGACGUGCUCGGUUCAGAGUCUGGGGACGGCCAGUCGGUGCUUGGACAGUUUGGGCGUUUGUUGUCGAGGUGUGAGAAGAGUGGGGACACGCAGAACCUGUGGCUCAACCUGUCCGAUGGGUUUAUCGGAGGCGGCCGCAAGUUCUGGGAUGGCUCUGGUGGCAGCAAUGGCGCCCUGGACCACUUCACAGAGGAGCACGCGAAGGGCAACUUUUACCCCCUUGUUGUGAAGCUGGGAACGAUCACGCCGGCAGGGGCCGACGUUUACUCUUAUGCUCCCGAUGAAGACAAGAUGGUGAAGGACCCUUUGCUGGCAAAGCAUUUGGAACACUGGGGGAUUGACGUCAUGAAGAUGGAGAAGACUGAUAAGACGCUGGCUGAGAUGCAGGUGGACCUCAAUCUGAAUUAUGACUGGUCGAAAAUCUGCGAAUCCGGAGACAAGCCGCUGGUGCGCCUCCGAGGGCCAGGUUUGGUUGGCCUCAAGAAUCUCGGGCAGUCCUGCUACAUGAACUCUUCGGUUCAGCUACUGCUCGCACUGCCGGAAGUGAAGCAGCGCUACUUGGACGCGGAUCUGAAGAUCCGAGCAUCUGCACCUGCAGAAGUCCAGAAUGACCUGCUCAGCCAGGUGACCAAGCUAGUCAGCGGCCUCAACGGUCCACGUUAUGCACCACCUUUGAAAGAUGGUGAUGAUGAGGAGGAUCCGAGAUUCGCAAUCCAACCUCAGAUGUUCCGCUCGCUCAUCGGGAGAGGGCAUGCGGAAUUCUCGACUGCCAGGCAGCAAGAUGCUGCGGAAUUCGUCCAGUACUUCUUGGAGCAGAUCGCACGCUUCGAGCGAAGUGCUUUGGGAACGCGGCUGGCCGGAGACAGCUCCACCACCUCCCUUUUCGAGUUUGCUGUGGAGGAAAGACUGCAAGAAAGCUCUGGCCAAAACAGAGUGAAGUACAGCAAGGUCCAGCAGAACAUGCUUGGACUUCCAGUGAAGCUGGAUGAUGCCGAAAACCUUCAAGAGGUCACGGCUUUCAGAGCAGCGAAGGACAAGGAUGAGCAAGAGGCCAAGAAGCCCAAAACGGAAGGCGAGCCGGAAGAACCGAAGCCAGUGAUACCGUUAUCGUCGUGUUUGGCUCGCUUUGGAGCACCUGAGGAUGGCGUUCAGUUUCGAGGCAGCUCUGCGUCCAAGACGUCAAGACUGGCCACCAUGCCCAGGUACUUGCUGGUGCAACUUCAGCGGUACUAUGUGGACGAGAAAUGGUGCCCAGCCAAACUAGAUUGCAAGGUGCCCAUGCCAGAGACUUUGAAUCUGGAGCACUUGCGUGGCAGGGGCCUUCAGCCAGGAGAGGAGCCGGUACCCGAGGAAGCGGAUGCUCCUCCGGCGGCGGCUGGGCCUCAACCAGACGACAUGAUCGUCGCCACGUUGGUGUCCAUGGACAUCGGUGAGAAUGCUGCCAAGCGUGCCAGCCUGGCCGUGGGCAACUCCAACGCCGAAGCCGCGAUCGCAUGGUUUUUCGAGCACAACACUGACCCCGACAUCAACGAUCCCGUGAGUGCAACAGGAGGAGCUGGUGGGGCAGCCGAAUCUGGCGGCGAUGCGCCAGACCCGGAAGCGGUUUCCAUGCUGUGCUCGAUGGGCUUUGCCCAGAGUCACGUGCUAGCAGCGCUCAAGUCGUGCAUGAACAGUGCGGAGAGAGCUGCAGAUUGGUUGUUUUCCCACUCAGACGACUUGGAUGGAGCUGUCGCCUCCCUGGGUGGCCAGUCCACCGCUGGUGCAAGUGCACUACCAAAGGAUUAUGACGACGGCGUCGGGGAGUACACACUGGUCGGCUUCGUGUCGCACAUCGGCAAACAUACCUCGCACGGGCACUACGUUUGCCACAUGCGCCGGGGAGAAGGUGGGUCCUGGGUCAUCUUUGAUGACAGCAAGGUUGCGCAGUCUGAAGCUCCUCCUCUUGAUCUGGGCUACAUCUACCUGUACAGGAGAAAG